UGUGGGCACAUGGUGAUGUAUCAAGACAGCGGGACCCUGGCAUCCAAGAACUAUCCUGGGACAUACCCAAAUUACACUCUUUGCGAAAAGAAAAUCCAGGUGCCUCUGGGAAAACGCCUCAUCUUAAAAAUUGGAGACCUGGAUAUCGAAUCACAGAAAUGCGAAUCCAGCUACCUUACCAUCCAGAGCUCUUCAACAUUGCACGGGCCAUACUGUGGCAAUGUGAUGCCCAUCCCCAAAGAAAUCAUUCUGGAUAGCAAUGAAGCGACUAUUCACUUUGAGAGUGGAUCCCACGUGUCAGGACGAGGCUUUCUGUUGUCCUAUGCCAGUAGUGAUCAUCCAGAUCUAAUAACAUGUUUGGAACGAGCGAACCACUACACAAAGGCUGAAUACAGCAGAUACUGUCCUGCUGGCUGCAGAGACAUAGCAGGUGACAUUUCUGGGAAUAUCGGAGAAGGAUACAGAGAUACCUCGCUGCUGUGCAAGUCGGCGAUACAUGCAGGCGUUAUCGCAGACGAGCUGGGCGGUCAGAUCAGCGUCACCCAGCAGAAGGGCAUCAGCCGCUACGAAGGCGUCGUCGCCAACGGUGUCCCCUCGCACGAUGGCUCGCUGUCAGAUAAGCGGUUUAUAUUUACUUCAAAUGGCUGCAACAAAUCUCUAAGUCUGGAAGAGGGAUUCCUCUCCAAGACCCAGGUUACUGCAUCUUCCUACUGGGAGGAGACCAACGAAUUUGGGCAACUAUUCCAGUGGUCUCCCAACAAGGCUUGGCUUCAAGCCCCAGGAUUGGCUUGGGCCUCUAACCACAGCAGCAAUCGUGAAUGGUUGGAGAUAGACUUGGGAGAGAAGAAGAGAAUAACGGGGAUUAAGACCACUGGUUCUGGAUCCGUGACACUGAAUUUCAACUUUUACGUAAAGACAUUUACAAUGAACUAUAAAAAUAACAACUCGAAAUGGAGAACUUACAAAGGGAUUCUGAGCAAUGAAGAAAAGGUAUUCCAAGGCAACUCCAACGCUGGUGACAUAGUACGCAAUAACUUCAUCCCUCCAAUAGUGGCCCGUUACGUGCGAAUUAUCCCUCAGACUUGGAACCAAAGAAUAGCAUUGAAGCUCGAGCUGAUGGGCUGUCAAAUAAUGCAAGCUAAUAGUUCAUUUACGCAUUCAAUGUGGCAGAAACCAAGUCAGAGCACAGAAACCUCCCUUGGAAAAGAAGACAGGACUGUUACGGAGCCCAUCCCGUUGGAAGAAACUAACUUGGGCUUAAAGCUUACAGCUAUAAUUGUCCCCGUCCUCAUCGUGCUGUGUCUGUUCCUGUUCUCUGGAAUCUGUAUCUGUGCAGCCCUAAGAAAGCGAGAAGCCAAAGGACUUUCUUAUGGAUUAUCCAGUGCUCAGAAAUCAGGUUGUUGGAAACAAAUCAAGCAGCCCUUCACCAGACAUCAGUCAACUGAAUUUACCAUCAGCUAUAACAAUGAGAAGGAGACACCACAAAAACUAGAUCUGGUCACCAGUGACAUGGCAGAUUAUCAGCAGCCUCUCAUGAUCGGGACUGGGAUGGUAACACGGAAAGGAUCUACUUUUCGACCCAUGGACACCAAAGACGAGGGAAGAAGGGGGAGUUCAGAGUUCGAAAAUCACUAUCACUGUCCGCACAGAGCUAACCGGCACGAGUAUGCUCUGCCCCUGACCAGCCAAGAGCCCGAAUACGCCACCCCCAUCAUAGAGCGGCACAUAGCAAGAGAAAAUAAUUUUCCCUCUGAAAACGGCUACAACGUACCCGUCGUCUCAUCCCAGAAACACUCCCUUUCUGCCGGCAGCUUCUCUAGUUCGUGUAAGACCGAUACCAGGAACGGAGACUAUCAGACACCCCAGAGUGUCAUAAAAUACGACAAACCCAAAGUUAACGGUGUUCUGACCUCCGUGAGCUACAGCACGGACUACCAGAAACCUCAGCCCAAUGCCCUCGGGAGCGAGGGUUACUCAACGCCCAGAGACUGCCUAAAACCAAUAAGCCAGACAGCAAUGACAGCUCUCUUGUGAUCUGCCGAGCGGGAGAGAUGCGGUGCGCAGGAACGUCGCUGCACAGCUUUCUGAAGCGAAAACAGAGUUUGGAGGGACUCUGCUGCGGGAGGCAGAAGGCAAACAAGCCCUGUGUACAUAAUAUUGCAGUCUUGCUGGGUUCUGACAUCUGAAGAAAGCAUAUGCUGUUUAUCACUGUUUAUAGCGAGAGAGAUGUUAUCAGUGAAGACUGUACAUCUUAUUUUCUGUAACUGAUCUCAGUGCUCCAUUUGCAAUGUGUGCAAUUUGUACAUAGUUUUUAUUUAAGGAGAAUUUCUAAAGUUUUCUUUUCACCUGGGGGAUUGAAAGGAUUGCAGAAAUGCCGAUUUAAGAAAAACAGGCCGCCUUCUCCGUUUUUAUUUUACCUGCUGUUGUACUGGCAGCUGUAAAUGAUGUAUCUUACGGUUGUGGCAAUUCAUCUCCUUUCCUAUGAUAACUGAAUACAGGGCAUCACUGUAGUUCUUACUGGGAGGGCGGAAGAAGUAA